CCGGGGCCUGGAAGCGGCCGUUGUUCGCGCUCCCCCUCAGGGCGCCCCUAGGCCGCGCCGCCGCCGCCGGCCCCCAUGUGACAGGCGGCCGUCGAGGGCGGGGGGGGGGCGGCCGGGCUGCACGGCGACCCGCGGGGAAAAAUGACAUCGCGGAGAUGGUUUCAUCCAAAUAUUACUGGGGUGGAGGCAGAAAACCUACUAUUAACAAGAGGAGUUGAUGGCAGUUUUCUGGCACGGCCCAGCAAAAGUAACCCAGGAGACUUUACACUCUCUGUUAGACGAACUGGAGCUGUCACCCACAUCAAGAUCCAGAACACAGGGGACUACUAUGAUCUCUAUGGAGGAGAGAAGUUUGCUACACUGGCUGAGUUAGUCCAGUAUUAUAUGGAACAUCAUGGGCAGCUCAAAGAAAAGAAUGGAGAUGUUAUAGAGUUGAAAUAUCCACUGAACUGUGCUGACCCUACAUCUGAAAGGUGGUUUCAUGGGCAUCUUUCUGGAAGAGAAGCUGAAAAACUGUUAACAGAAAAAGGAAAACAUGGAAGCUUUCUUGUGCGUGAAAGUCAAAGCCACCCUGGGGACUUUGUUCUAUCUGUCCGGACAGGAGAUGAUAAAGGAGAGAGUAAUGAUGGGAAAUCUAAAGUGACGCAUGUCAUGAUUCACUGCCAGGAUCUAAAAUAUGAUGUUGGUGGAGGGGAGAAAUUUGACUCUCUGACAGAUCUAGUGGAACAUUAUAAGAAGAACCCCAUGGUAGAAACUUUGGGCACAGUAUUGCAACUCAAACAGCCUUUGAACACCACCCGUAUUAAUGCUGCAGAGAUUGAAAGCAGAGUGCGAGAGCUGAGCAAGCUAGCAGAGACUACAGAUAAAGUAAAGCAGGGCUUCUGGGAAGAAUUUGAGACUUUACAACAGCAAGAAUGUAAACUUCUAUAUAGUCGUAAAGAAGGUCAGAGGCAAGAGAACAAAAACAAAAAUAGAUACAAAAACAUUUUACCCUUUGAUCAUACCAGAGUUGUUCUACAUGAUGGUGAUCCAAAUGAACCUGUUUCAGACUAUAUCAAUGCUAAUAUUAUUAUGCCUGAAUUUGAAACGAAGUGCAACAACUCAAAGCCAAAAAAAAGCUACAUUGCUACUCAAGGCUGCCUACAGAAUACAGUGAAUGAUUUUUGGAGAAUGGUGUUCCAGGAGAAUUCUCGAGUUAUUGUUAUGACAACAAAAGAAGUUGAAAGAGGAAAGAGUAAGUGUGUCAAGUACUGGCCUGAUGAAUAUUCGCUAAAGGAGUAUGGUGUUAUGCGUGUUAGGAAUGUUAAGGAGAGUGCAGCACAUGAUUACACGCUAAGAGAACUCAAGCUUUCUAAAGUUGGGCAAGGAAACACAGAGAGAACAGUCUGGCAGUAUCACUUCAGAACCUGGCCUGAUCAUGGAGUCCCAAGUGACCCUGGUGGUGUACUAGACUUUCUAGAGGAGGUACACCACAAGCAGGAAAGCAUUUCUGAUGCAGGGCCAGUUGUGGUCCACUGCAGUGCUGGGAUUGGCCGAACCGGGACUUUCAUUGUGAUUGAUAUUCUUAUUGACAUAAUCAGAGAAAAAGGUGUGGACUGUGAUAUUGAUGUUCCAAAGACCAUUCAGAUGGUGAGAUCACAGCGAUCAGGAAUGGUUCAAACAGAAGCACAGUACAGAUUUAUUUACAUGGCAGUACAGCACUACAUUGAAACGCUACAACGCAGAAUUGAAGAGGAGCAGAAGAGUAAGAGAAAAGGUCAUGAAUACACAAACAUUAAAUAUUCUUUAUCGGACCAGACAAGUGGGGAUCAGAGCCCUCUUCCACCCUGUACCCCAACCCCAACGUGUCCAGAAAUGAGAGAAGAUAGUGCUAGAGUAUAUGAAAAUGUGGGGCUGAUGCAACAGCAGAAAAGUUUCAGAUGAGAAGAUAUAAAGGCACUUCCAUGAAAAGGCAGAAAUGAAUAUGAGUUUUUAAAAAGGUCAAGAAAGAGAUGGAAGAAGCUUCAUGUGAAUGGUGAACUCUGAAGGCUUGGUACCUUUUUAUUUAUGGUUUUAAUCCUUCAACAGUAGGCAAAACUUAAAACCAUCUAAAGUUUGUUUAUAUCCUUUCUCUUCAACACCUGAUUUACAAUUGCUCAUCUUCCAAAUAAAAGGAAAUCCUUUCUACAAUGUAGACGACUACUUUGUAGAAUCAGUUUUGAAUCCAGCGAGUUGUUGGAGUGUCAUCCAUCUGUUUUUAAAUAGUAUUUUUGUUUCACAAUAUGGCUACUAGUAAUUUUUAUUUGAGCAGUUGUGGGAUUUUGGGGGGUGGGGGUGGGAGAGCAAUGAAGUGGGUAAAUCCGUUACAUUUGUGUAAAAUACUGAUGGGAACAAUACUUGAUUGUUUGAAAACAGUGGAUCACCUGUGUGAAUAGAAUCAGCUACAUGGUAAAAUUAGUCCUAAUACAUUUCAAACUGAGUUUCAUAGGGGUGAGCAGUUGCAGAUAUGAAGGUGCUUUUUGUGAUAGCUGAUGGCUUUUUUUUUGAUCACAGUUUAUCUGAGUAGCUGGAUGGGCUAUUUUUGAGUAACCAUGUAAGAUAGCCUUUAUAUCAAAUGAAACUUUUCAUUUGACCCUUACCCAAAAUAGGAAUUUAGUGUAUCUCUCAAAAAACACAGUGGCCUAGCAGUUUGUAAGGGCGUUGUCUGUGUUAAUCUGUCUGUGUUCAUCUAUUUUAAGCAAGAGAUUGGACUAGUAGAGUUAAGGUAUUCUAGAAAGCUGCACAAUGACACCUUGACAGCAUAUCGAAAACAGAGUGAAACAAGUAACCCACUGUGCAGGUUGUUACCUUAAUGUAGGGUAACCUUUUUCCACAGGGGAGGUGGAAGCAUUGGGCCUUCAGUUUUUUAGUAAGGCCUUAUGCUAGUGUAAGUGGGCUAAACUAGAAGUGUAUGGGGAAAGCAGUGCAUGGAAGCUAGCUGCCCGCUAAAAUUGCCUUAGUUGAAAAGGACAGCAUGGGCAGCAAAGCCAGCAGACUUGUUCUGGUCCAUUUUGUCAGGCAGGAGUUUACUACCAUUCCACCUGAAGUGCCUUUCAGAGCCACACUGAAUUUGCUGUCCCUGUUAGAUUAAAAAAUCGUGUACAUCUGAAACCACUUCUGAUUGUCAAUGAAACAGAUUCCUCUUCUAGAGAUUCUAGAAGUAUGAGUUGCUGUUAGGCAGCCGUUAGCUGGGUUUCUUUGCUUUGUUUGCUUUGUCCUAUUAUCUGGACCAGAAGCUUCCCCUGAAGACAUUAGAAACUGCAUGUGUGGAUUAAUGGCAGAAUUGGUCCGUAGGAGUAGGUACCAAUGGUGUCUUACCAAUAGAACUUCCCUGAAAACAAGGGGAAAGAUGUGACUUAGGUGGUGGUAAGGAACUACUGCCAUUUUCAUAUAGCAUGUGCAGAUGGUGAACGCUGCAUUAAAUUGCUGUAUGCAAGGGUGCAGGGCCAAUGAAAUUGCAUUAUUGGCCUUACUAUUGAAAUUAUGCUAAAGCCUGGAAUGUAAUUAAUACAGCUUUGUGAAAGGUUAAUUAGGAGAUCAUAUUACCUUUUCCUGAGAGUGCUUUGUAAAAUCAAAUAUUUGAACACUUUGUUUGAACUGAAUGAAGGUGCUUCUUUAAUGUUAAGCGGAAUUUUGUUACUUUGCUUCUUGUCCUUGUUGACUUUUGAGGCUUUGGGUUUUUUCUUGGAUUAUUGUAUUUUUGGAACUCCUGUCACCAGCAUACCAUAAUGUGUUUUAACGUUGUAGCCUCUAGUCUAGUCGUAAAUAUUUGUGCCCUUUCUAGAUCUAAAAUUUAUGUCAUCAUGAGAGAGAAAUCUGAUCAUUCAGUACUGAGAUAUCUAUUCUACAUUGCCUGCCUCCCCUCCUGUCCCUACUUACAACUUUAUCUUGCUCAAAGGGAUCAGUUAAGUGUUGGUAUUUGUACAGAGCCAUUUGACAGCAAUCUUAAUGUUUGUUUAAAAUGUUGUAGAGUUGCACAAAUUCUACACUUGAUAUGUUAUAGCAAGGUGGAAUGCAUGUUCAGUUUGACACCACUCUGCACCAAAAUGAGAAGUCAAGAAAAACAAGAGAAGGAUCCUGAAAGAUUCUGGUUAUGAACUCUGUUAAAGUGAUAUGUCUUAAGAUUGACCUGUAUGAACAGCAAUCAGUUACAUAGCGAAGAAAGUUGCUUCCCAUGGCCUAUUUUAGCUGUUUAGAACUUGCCACUGUAGGAAUUUGUUCUUGGAACAAGGGAAAUCUUAUUCUGAAAAUGUGCAUUAAUCUUAGGGAGCAUAUGGUGGAAGAAUGGCAAUGACAAGAGAGGGAAACAAUCUGAAAGGCUAUGAAUAAAUGUUCCAUUUUGUUUUAACUGGAGUGUUAGGCUCUGCUGAGAACCAAAGGGGAGAUCUUGCAAGGUAAAGUCUGUCUGCUUUCCAUGCAUAGGCGAGAGGGGUAAUUUUAGAGCCUCUCUUUUUUUUUUUUUUUUAAUUAUUUUAGACAAUGGUUGGAUUUUUGACAGGUGAAGCAAGAGAGAUAAAUUCCCUUUGGUUCAAGGGAGAUAAGUGAAUAUGUGGGUUUCAUGUAUUUCUAGUGAGCUUUUAGAGAAUAAAUUUAAGCAUUGAUCUGCAGUCAUUGCUGUAACAAUGGAAUGGAAAAGGGAUGCAGUUUUGAAGUGUUCUGUUGAAGAAGACUUUAUACCACAAGGGAAAUUUUAACACAGCUCCUGAGGCACAAUAAUUUAUGCCAGCAUGAAUUUGCUGUAGACUUCAUUUACUGAAUGUUUUAUAGUAUACACUUUAAUUUCAGCUAACUGUUGUUAGGACUGAUUGGUUCUCCUAUUAAUCCUGACCAGACUUUACUUUUUCCUCUUAAGGUAUGUGUUGGAAACAUAAUUAACUUCAUUAGCUGUAUCCUAGUUAUAAUACCUGUUUCCUUUUUCAUUGUAGAGAUGGGAAAAAUCAGCUGGUACUAGGAUGUAUUGUCUGUUUUUUUUUUCCACCCAUAACUUCAUUAUUUCAAAUUAAUUUUUAAUUUCUCCCUUUUAAAUAGUGAAACAUGUAAUUAAUUAUUUCAAGCCUGUUUAUUUAUGACAUUAUUGUGAUUUUUUUUUAUUACAGUACUAAAGACUAAUGAAAAAGGAUCCUCUUAUUAGAUGGAGUAGACCUUGCAUUUAUUUUUUUUUUCCUGCAAUGUAUGAAGUAUUGUACCAGAGUAUUAAAUGAAAUGUAAUAUUUUAUUGAAAAAUCUCUAUCCUUUAAAAGGAGUACUUUUAGGAUGUCAUCAAUUUGAUGUGAAUCAUGUCAAUGUUGAUAAUGCGCUGUUUAUUAUACAUCUAGUGUUUCAAAAGACUCACUAUUGCCUUUUGCCCACAUACAUUGUGUAGACCAUUUACAGUUGUCAAAAUGUGACAUUAAAAUAAUAGUUCAUGUAUAGAAUUA